UAGUGCACUCAUCAUCCCUAAACACGCCGUUUGGGAUAGAGCCAGAGUGUGUGUCUGUGUGUGAGUGUGUGUGUGAGCGAGUGUGUGUGUGUGAGUGUGUGUGUGAGCGAGUGUGUGUGUGAGUGUGUGUGUGAGCGAGUGUGUGUGUGAGUGUGUGUGUGAGAGAGUGUGUGUGUGCGCGCGCGCUGCGCGCGCUGGCUGGAGCUUUAAAGCGGAGUUGAGCGCUGAGGAGGAGGAAUACCGCCAGACCCAGCUCCCUGACACACAGUAUCUAUUAAAAGCACUGAACCCGAGCAGCGGUGAGUGAUUAAUGGAGGUCAGUCUGCUGGAGCUGCUCAGUGUGGAGGUGAACUGCAGCCUCGCGGACGCGUUUGGAGACGCUGCGUACGGAAACGCGUCAGACGCUCUGUACUGCAACGCCACGGCGGAUGAGAUCGGCACGUGCUGGCCGAGGAGCGGCGCGGGGAGAGUGGUGGCGCGGCCGUGUCCCGACUUCAUCAACGGGGUCAAGUACAACAGCACCAGGAGCGCGUAUAGAGAAUGCCUGGAGAACGGCACAUGGGCUUUCAAGAUCAACUACUCCAGCUGCGAGCCCAUUUUAGAGGAAAAGAGGAAGUACCCGGUCCACUACAAGAUCGCUCUCAUCAUCAACUAUUUGGGACACUGCAUAUCUGUAGGUGCUCUCGUCAUCGCCUUCGUUCUCUUCUUGUGCUUGAGGAGCAUCCGGUGUUUGCGGAAUGUAAUUCACUGGAAUUUAAUAACCACCUUCAUCCUGAGGAACAUCAUGUGGCUUCUGCUGCAACUCAUCGACCACAACAUCCACGAAAGGAACGAGCCGUGGUGUCGCCUCAUAACCACCGUCUAUAACUAUUUUGUGGUGACAAAUUUUUUCUGGAUGUUCGUGGAGGGCUGUUAUCUUCACACAGCCAUCGUUAUGACCUACUCCACCGACAAGCUCCGGAAGUGGGUUUUCCUCUUCAUCGGGUGGUGUAUUCCGUGUCCGAUCAUCAUCGCGUGGGCCGUCGGGAAGCUGUACAACGAAAACGAACAGUGCUGGUUUGGAAAAGAACCCGGAAAAUACGUGGACUACAUUUAUCAGGGUCCUGUGAUUGUUGUUCUGCUGAUAAACUUCGUGUUCCUGUUCAACAUCGUACGUAUUCUCAUGACGAAGCUGCGAGCCUCCACCACGUCAGAGACCAUACAGUACAGGAAAGCGGUGAAGGCGACGUUAGUGCUGCUUCCUCUGCUCGGCAUCACAUACAUGCUGUUCUUCGUGAAUCCGGGGGAUGAUGACAUCUCACAGAUCGUCUUUAUUUAUUUCAAUUCCUUCCUGCAGUCCUUUCAGGGUUUCUUCGUCUCAGUGUUUUACUGCUUCCUCAACGGUGAGGUACGGUCAGCAGUAAGGAAACGUUGGCACAGAUGGCAGGAUAACCACGCUCUCCGUGUUCGAGUUGCCAGGGCAAUGUCCAUCCCAACAUCACCUACUCGCAUCAGCUUCCACAGCAUUAAACACACCACCGCUGUGUGACACACACACACACACACACACACACACACACACACACACACACACACACCUCUUUGCCAUAAGUGUGCAAUACCACAGCGUAAUGUUAGCAUACAGCUCUAACAGGUAGCAAAUACACAUACACACACACCUGGAACAAAUACCAACUAGAAUGUACAAACAGGCACACAUACACACAAAUACACACUGUUAAACAAAUACUUACACAUCUGGAACAGGUAACACACACCAUUACACAUUUGAAAUAGGUAACACACAUAUGCAGUUACACACCUGGAACAAGUAACAUACACACACACACACACACACACACACCAUUACACACCUGGAACACGUAACACACACACACACACACACACACACACCAUUACACACCUGGAACACGUAACACACACACACACAUUCCAUUACACACCUGGACCAAGUAACACACACACACACACACACAGACACACACAUGCAAUUACACACCUGGACCAAGUAACACACACACACACACACACACACACACACACAUAUACCAUUACACACCUGGAACAGGAAACACACACCAUUACACAUUUGAAAUAGGUAACACACAUAUGCAGUUACACACCUGGAACAAGUAACAUACACACACACACACACACACACACACCAUUACACACCUGGAACACGUAACACACACACACACACACACACACACACACACACACACACACACACACACCAUUACACACCUGGAACACGUAACACACACACACACAUUCCAUUACACACCUGGACCAAGUAACACACACACACACACACAGACACACACAUGCAAUUACACACCUGGACCAAGUAACACACACACACACACACACACACACACAUACCAUUACACACCUGGAACAGGAAACACACACCAUUACACACCUGUAACAGGAAACACACACCAUUACACACCUGGAACAGGAAACACACACCAUUACACAUCUGGAACAGGUAACACACACCAUUACACACCUGUAACAGGAAACACACACCAUUAUACAUCUGGAACAGGUAACACACACCAUUACACAUCUGGAACAGGUAACACACACCAUUACACAUUUGAAAUAGGUAACACACAUAUGCAGUUACACACCUGGAACAAGUAACACACACACACACACACACACACACCAUUACACACCUGGAACAUGUAACAUACACACACACACACACACAGACACACACAUGCAAUUACACACCUGGACCAAGUAACACACACACACACACACACACACACACACACACACACACACAUAUACCAUUACACACCUGUAACAGGAAACACACACCAUUACACACCUGUAACAGGAAACACACACCAUUACACAUCUGGAACAGGAAACACACACCAUUACACACCUGGAACAUGGAAAAACCCAGGGAAUUACACACCUGGAACAGGUAAAUUGAUCACAUGGCGGUUGUGUGACUGUAUUUUUGUGGACAUUUCUGAUGAAGGACUCAGUCGUAUUUUAUCUCAUGUCAUUUUGUGCAAUUGUUAAAAUGUAUAUAAAACACACAAAACAUAAAAUUGUAAAUAUACUUUUUUUCUGAA